CCCGACCUCCCUACUUUGUGCUAAUCGCCUUUCACAACUCGCCUUACACCCCUAGCAGGUCCCUCACCAGUUGUCUCUCCGCCAGUGAACGCCUUGUGCUAUGAUUCCCCCAACCAGUCACCUUUUGCUGCCGGAUCUAUGUCGCAAAGAUGAAGCAGGAUCAGAACAGCCACUUGAGUAGAAGGCCACGCAGACCGUCUAUCACUCAGCAAAUUCAGCGGGCACUCGGCUUUGACAAGCAAACACAUGGCAAGCAAUGCCAAAGUCCGAAGGCCACUCCCCAGACAACAAGGUCCGAGCCAGAAAAAGCAGCCACCCAGCGAUCAAAUUCGAAUUCUUCAAGCAGCAGUGGGCAUUCUCAGAUAAGUACGGAGGAGGGUCAACAUGAAGAUUCGAGGCAGUCAAUCGGAGACGUUAGGGCCAAGAGACUAUCAGCAUCGCUAUUCAACGCGUAUCCAUUAAAAAGGACGGGAUACUCUUUUGAAGGCGACAUUGCGGUAACACUUGAUAACAAGACCCCGGCGAAGGGACACAGUGGCGCUCCCAGGAACAAAGAGACUCGGGCUACGAAGCGUUUGGAAGCAGAUCGGGCAGAGCUCGAGAAACAACUCCUCAGGCUCGAACAGGCCGGGGAAUCCAGAACAUCCCGUCUGUUGAAAAGGGAAACCCGCCGACUUUCCAAAAAACAACCUUUGGACAGGUGGAGCAGGGCGUCGAGUGCGAGUGCGGAUGAUUCUCGGUCCUCGGCUAGGCUUUCUUCCAUGUUCUCCAUUUCAAGGCGCUCAUCGCGCUCUCGACCGAGCUCGGCGCACGAGGCUGACCGGGGACUAUGCCAACAGUCACCUAGCACCGCAAAGUCAAGGCCGAAUGCUGACUUGUAUCCAGGGAAUCGGGCGGUGUUAAAAGUACCAGAGCGAUUCAGCAUUGCGCUAUCGAAAGAGCUCACUGCGGAAAAUGCAUUGCUUUCAUAUCACAAGGACGGUCCUCCGGGGAAGCCUACCCAUUCGACCGUAGACUAUGAUCUGAACGAGAUCAGCAAAUCGCGGCUGCCCCACGAGUGUCUGGUCCACGAGACAAGGCAGGGGCCAGCCGCAUAUAGAAACGAGAGUCAUACUUCCUCAUCAGCAAAGCCCGAGCUAAAAGCCCCAAAAGCGUCGCAACAAACAAGAGACUUGGAUCGUACCUCGUUUUCAGCGGUCCUGAAUAUAGAGACAAGGAUCCCUGAGGUUGUUCAGACCUCUGGGCGUCUACUGCCAAAUAUAAAAUCCGCUAUCAAAGACACCCAAGACACCCGCGCAGAUUUGGUUUAUAACCACGGGCACACCCGUUCAUAUGAAGUCGAGCAGUCCGCUGCAAGGCCUCAGCACCCCAAUGACUUCACCACUUCACAACAAGAACCCUGGAAAGCUAGUUCGGCAAGGCCUUCCAAUAACAGACAGUUCCAGAGGCAAUAUAGAAAAUAUCAGUCAUCGCCCCUGGUGGAGACCUCGGUGGGUGACUUGGCGAGCGGACCAGCUUUAACCAAUCCAACCUCAUUCAAACCAACCACCCAAUUCACAGUUGAGAAAAUGAAACAAGUCUACUCAAAAGGGUUGGAAAAUAGCAUAAUUGUCAGAUCAAGCCCAGUGCGACCGCUUUCGAUAAAUCAUCAAGGCCUUGGCGCUUCAUCUGAAAGAGCAAAGAUUCACAGACCUGCAUAUAAGUAUUGCGACGGUGACCGGCCAAUAUUCUCAAACAGACGCCCUCAAUAUACCUCCAAUGAUAAUGUGCAUAGGAUUCAAGAUGAGAGAAUAAAUUCGUUGGCAUCAAGUAUGGCUGAAUCCGGGCAUUCGCAUGAUGGGAGAGCAAACCUUCACUCUCGGGCUUCAGUCAGCUACAGCGCUGGCGUCGGGCGGAGCAAGACCAAGGCCAUGUGCAAGCUAAACUCUUACCUCGAUCAUGAGACAUGUCUCACUAAGUCCAAAUGGACUUCAGAGGUACAGAAUCCACAAGUCACCCACACAUAUCCUGUCGAUCAACCACAGCCAUUUGACUGUUCUCUGUCUUCAUUGGACAAUUCAUCUCGCGAGAUGUCGGCAGAUGAUUACAACACGGCGGAUGAGGGUCUUUCCGUCGCUUCACAAUCAAUAUAUGAGAAUGACUCUCCCGCAAUUUGUCCAAAAAAUCCUGAAAUUGAAAAUUCUAGGCAUGACUUUAGUGCUUGUCUUUCACCAGCACGGAAGCAAGCACCACCCGCGAUAUCUGGUACUUUGCUGAUACAAACCAAAAACUCCGGCGGCCAGCCGAAAUACUGCCCAGGUCGGCAUGUUUCUAAGGUAUUUCUUAUCUGCUGCGUUUGUGGGCAAUGGCAUGAUAUUCCUUCGCAAAUGUAUUCAGAGUACCUCUAUAGUCAGGAUCAUCCCACUCCAACAAAACACGAAUGUCCGACAGAGGAAAGAGAAGCAGCUGUCACCGAUAAGGAGAAUGAUCUUGCUAUGUCCAGAAGCGGGCAAUCGAGGCAAUCUAUCAGCCAACCAGGUACCCGUAGCGCAUCCGACAGACUAAGUAUAGCAGCUCACUCGCUUCAUAGCUGCUGGUGCGGACACAAGAUGAGCCAAGCAUGUUGCGAAGGAUGGAGUACUGUUGUCCAUUUACGCAAGAGGUGCCACUAAAUCACGAACCUUGUUGGCAGAUUCAAAUUGAUGUCUUCUUUCUGCAUUCUCGCGCCACGGACAGCAUUGGUUUUCUUGCGAUCAGCGAGCCUUAGUGGCGUGCUCUUAUAAAUCGUCUUUAGCUCUCAAUCAGAUUUAAAUGAUGGUCGGAGAGCCUUAUCUGUUUCUUCAUGAACAUAUGUAGCAAACCUUGGCCUAAGAUCCCUCAACUCAUUUCCUUGUGACAAGACUUGUGUGCGGAGUAGCAAUGAAUUGGAAGGCAGAUUUGGGAUUUGAUGUGUGGGCUCGUAUUGUGGCGGGCAAUCGAUAGUUGCCUUUAGUGUGGAGCCUGCGCAGGGGUACUGUACAGUCUACAAUACGUGGUACUGUACGGUCUACAUCAGU